GGCGCGCAGGAACCAGAGCGGCGGCCGCAUCCUCGCCGCCCGCCCCGGCCGGGCCGCGUCCCCUAGCCGUCGGGCAUGGAGCCGUGGAGGCAGUGCGCGCAAUGGCUCAUCCACUGCAAGGUGCUGCCCGCCAACCACCGGGUGACCUGGGACUCGGCUCAGGUGUUCGACCUGGCGCAGACCCUGCGCGAUGGGGUCCUCCUCUGCCAGCUGCUCAACAACCUCCGGGCGCGCUCCAUCAACCUGAAGGAGAUCAACCUGAGGCCGCAGAUGUCCCAGUUUCUCUGUUUGAAGAACAUACGGACCUUCCUCACGGCCUGUUGCGAGACGUUUGGAAUGAGGAAGAGCGAGCUCUUCGAGGCCUUUGACCUGUUUGAUGUCCGGGACUUUGGAAAGGUGAUAGAAACGCUAUCGCGACUCUCCCGAACACCCAUCGCGUUGGCCACCGGAAUCAGGCCCUUCCCGACAGAAGAGAGCGUCAAUGAUGAGGACAUCUACAAAGCCCUUCCCGACCUGAUAGACGAGACCCGCGUGGAGGACGAGGAGGGCCUGUAUGACUGUGUGUACGGGGAAGACGAAGGCGGAGAGGUCUACGAGGACUUGAUGAAAGCGGAGGAGGCGCAGCAACCCAAAUGUCCAGAGAAUGACAUACGAAGUUGCUGCCUCGCAGAAAUUAAGCAGACGGAAGAAAAAUACACAGAAACACUGGAGUCGAUAGAGAAGUUCUUCAUGGCACCACUAAAACGAUUUCUGACGGCAGCAGAAUUUGACUCUGUCUUCAUCAACAUUCCCGAACUUGUAAAAGUUCAUCGGAACCUAAUGCAAGAAAUUCACGAUUCCAUCGUAAAUAAGAACGACCAGAACUUGUAUCAGAUUUUCAUUAACUACAAGGAAAGGCUGGUGAUUUACGGGCAGUACUGCAGCGCCGUGGAGUCGGCCAUCUCCAGCUUGGACUACAUCUCUAAGACGAAAGAGGACGUCAAACUGAAAUUAGAGGAAUGUUCCAAACGGGCCAACAAUGGGAAGUUCACGCUCCGAGACUUGCUCGUGGUCCCCAUGCAGCGCGUGUUGAAGUACCACCUUCUCCUGCAGGAACUGGUCAAGCAUACCACCGACCCCACAGAGAAGGCGAAUCUGAAACUGGCUCUGGAUGCAAUGAAGGACUUGGCACAGUAUGUGAACGAAGUGAAGAGAGACAACGAGACCCUGCGUGAAAUCAGGCAGUUCCAGCUCUCCAUAGAAAACCUGAACCAACCAGUGUUGCUUUUUGGACGGCCCCAGGGAGACGGUGAGAUUCGAAUCACCACCCUGGACAAGCACACCAAGCAAGAGAGGCACAUCUUCUUAUUCGACCUGGCAGUGAUUGUAUGUAAAAGAAAAGGUGACAACUAUGAAAUGAAGGAGAUAAUAGAUCUUCAGCAGUACAAAAUAGCCAACAAUCCUACAACGGAUAAAGAAAACAAGAAGUGGUCUUAUGGCUUCUACCUCAUCCAUACCCAAGGACACAAUGGGUUAGAAUUUUAUUGCAAAACAAAAGAUUUAAAGAAAAAAUGGCUGGAACAGUUUGAAAUGGCUUUGUCCAACAUAAGGCCAGACCAUGCCGACUCCAAUUUCCACGAGUUUAAGAUGCACACCUUCAGCCGGGUGACCUCCUGCAAGGCCUGCCAGAUGCUGCUCAGAGGAACCUUUUACCAGGGCUAUUUAUGCUUCAAGUGCGGCGCCAGGGCUCACAAAGAAUGUCUGGGAAGAGUCGACAACUGUGGCCGAGUUAAUUCUGCGGAACCGGGGACGCUCAAAGCACCGGAGAAACGGACCAAUGGGCUGCGGAGGACCGCCCGGCAGGUGGACGCAGGUUUGCCGAAGAUGCAGGUCAUCAGGAGCUACACCGGGACGCCACCCCCCGCGCCCCACGAAGGGCCCCCGCUCCACAUCCAGGCCGGGGACACGGUGGAACUUCUGCGGGGAGACGCGCACAGCCUGUUCUGGCAGGGUAGAAAUUUAGCCUCUGGAGAGGUUGGAUUUUUUCCAAGUGACGCUGUCAAGCCUUGCCCAUGCGUGCCCAAACCAGUAGAUUAUUCUUGCCAGCCUUGGUACGCUGGGGCGAUGGAGAGACUGCAGGCGGAGACCGAACUUAUAAACAGGCUGAACAGCACUUACCUGGUGAGGCUCCGGACCAAAGAGUCGGGCGAAUAUGCAAUUAGCAUUAAGUACAAUAAUGAAGCAAAGCAUAUCAAGAUUGUAACAAGAGAUGGCUUAUUUCACAUUGCAGAAAAUAGAAAAUUUAAAAGUUUAAUGGAACUUGUGGAGUAUUACAAGCAUCACUCCCUGAAGGAAGGCUUCAGGAGCUUGGAUACCACCCUCCAGUUUCCAUACAAGGAGCCGGAGCCCGCGGCCGGACAGAGGGGCAGCCGGGUGGGCAGCAGCUUGCUGAGCCCCAAGGUGCUGGGCAUCGCCGUGGCGCGCUACGACUUCUGUGCGAGAGACAUGCGCGAGCUGUCCCUGCUGAAGGGGGACGUGGUGAAGAUCUACACCAAGAUGAGCGGGAACGGCUGGUGGCGAGGAGAAGCGAACGGCAAGGUGGGCUGGUUUCCGUCCACGUACGUGGAGAUGGAUGAGUAGGUGCCAAUCCAGCGUGGCUCCGCCCCAGACACUUCCGAGACGGGACAGACGAAGCCUGCACAGCGCUGCGAAUGAACCCAUGUGUUUCAGAAGCUGCAUUUCCGGCUAUUCCACGCCCUCCCUCCUGAGUCUGAAUCCUGGGGUCUGAGAAUGCUGGUGCUGACGGACAGCUGGGCAAGGGGCAGCGACCAGUGGGUCAUCGUCGGGGGCCAGGGCAAAGCCCGAGCUUGCUCUUCUCCCCCAAAGAGCCCAGCAAACACAGGGUUCAUCUUUCCACUUCCUUCAUCCAGACCGACCCCAUGAUGCCGCCAUCAGGAAAUGCUCCCGCCGGUUUCUUCUCACGUGCCAUUCGCCAGAAUCUCUUAUGGUCCAAAGUUCAAUGUUGCCCUUCCCAGCACAGAGCCCACGAGGGCUCCGCUGUCGGGCAGCUGAUGGAGGGUCCAGUAUGACUCCUCGUCUUAAAGGGCCUCGCAGGGGGCUCGUGGCGAACACUUUUAUUCAGUUCCUCAUCUGUUGCCCUGGUCACAGUUGCGAGUCACUGUAUAGAGAGAAAAAAAGUACAUAAAAGCGAGCGUCUCCCUGUGAGACCCUCCCGCCCCGGUCACCUCUAGGGUUGUUGUGAAGACGUGGUCUCUCACUUGGUGAAGCCACCUUGGCUGAUAGGGGACAGGCAGCUGCGAGGGACCUGAGUGAGGACACAUUGUUUACAGAAGCAGAUUAAGGGCUAUCAUGUCUUUGAAGUCAUUUGACAGGAGCAACAUCUAUUAACACGGGCCUUUUUUUCUCCC